AAUGAAAGUUAAUGUCGAUGGCUUGCUCGUAUUCUUUCCUUAUGACUACAUCUACCCUGAGCAGUUCUCUUACAUGCAGGAACUCAAACGAACUCUGGACGCCAAAGGCCACUGUCUUCUGGAAAUGCCCUCUGGAACAGGGAAAACUGUCUCGCUUCUCUCCCUUGUUCUAGCCUACCAUCGCCAAUAUCCUGGCAUCAUUUCAAAAGUCAUCUACUGCUCCAGAACAGUGCCAGAAAUUGAAAAGGUGUUGUCCGAAAUGAAACGGUAUAUGAAUUUAUAUCUCAAAGAAACGAACGAAGAGUCUAAUGUUGUGGCUUUGGCUUUGAGUUCAAGAAAAAAUCUAUGCAUUAAUCCAGAAGUGAAUCAUUACAGAGAAGGAGAAAUUGUGAACUCGAAAUGUUUUUCUCUAACGGCUCCUUUCGUCAGAGACAAAGCGCAGAACGAUCAGUCUGUUCCGGUUUGUCAAUUUUACGAGAAGUUUAGCGCCGUUGGUAAAGAGUAUCCCUUACCUACAGGAGUGUAUGAUCUUGAUGAUUUGAAAGACUACGGUCGUCGCAAAGGUUUCUGUCCUUAUUUUCUAGCUCGCAAUGCCUUGGGAAGAGCAAACUUGAUAGUUUAUAGCUACCAUUAUUUACUGGAUCCCAAAAUCGCUGAUAUCAUCUCGAAAGAUUUGACUAAAAACGCGGUUGUUAUUUUCGACGAGGCACAUAAUAUUGACUCGGUGUGCAUUGAAUCGAUGAGUUGUAGUAUCAAUUCGCGGCUCAUAGAUAGAAGUAUACAAAACAUUACCUCACUGACUAAUGAAGUCAAUCGAAUCAAAGCUGUUGACCAGCAAAAGUUGAAAAAUGAGUACCAGGCCUUAGUUGAAGGUUUGAGACUUGCUAAUGUUGCGAGGGAAACAGAUAUCGUCUUAGCGAAUCCAGUAUUACCUGAUGAUGUUUUGCAGGAAGCAGUUCCUGGGACGAUUCGAAGUGCAGAGCAUUUUGUGAAGUUCUUGAAACGAUUUGUAGAGUACAUCAAAACUAGGAUGAGAGUUAAUCAUGUUGUGGUUGAAACACCUUCAGUUUUUCUGAAAGAUUGUUAUGAUUCCGUUUGCAUUGAUAAAAAGCCUCUUAAGUUCUGUGCGACGAGACUUAAGUCAAUGAUGAGUACUUUAGAACUGACAAAUAUUCAAGACUUUUCGGCUAUUUCAUCCAUUUGUCGUUUUGCAACCCUUUUGAGCACAUACUGCAAUGGGUUUGUGAUUGUCAUUGAGCCUUUCGAUGACCGAACGCCCACUAUUUCGAAUCCAAUUCUCUACUUUAGUUGCAUGGAUGCUUCUCUUUCUAUCAAACCUGUUUUCAACGCUUUUCAAUCUGUCAUAAUAACCUCAGGCACAUUGUCUCCGAUUGAAAUGUACCCGAAAAUUCUCAACUUCCGACCGUGCAUUAUGGCUUCACUAACUAUGAGUUUAGCAAGGGAGUGUAUUGCGCCUUUGAUUGUGAGUAAAGGAAACGAUCAGGGUAUUAUGUCUUCUAAGUUCGAGGCACGCGAGGAUGCUAGCGUGAUUAGAAAUUAUGGCUGUCUGUUGGUUGAUAUGGCCUCAAUAGUGCCAGAUGGUAUGGUAUGUUUCUUCACCAGUUACUCUUACAUGGAGACAGUUAUAUCCAAUUGGUACAACCAAGGAAUCCUCGAUAAUGUCCAGAGACAUAAACUGAUAUUCAUCGAAACUCAGGAUGCGGUUGAAACGAGCAUGGCAUUGACGAAUUACCACAAAGCUUGUGCAAACGGCAGAGGCGCCGUGUUGCUCUGCGUAGCUCGUGGAAAAGUCUCAGAAGGAAUUGAUUUCACCGAUCAUUUAGGUCGAUGUGUAAUUAUGUUCGGAAUACCUUACGUAUAUACCCAAAGUCGGAUUCUAAAGGCGCGUUUAGAGUUUCUCAGAGAAAAUUUUAAUAUUAAAGAAAACGAGUUUCUCACUUUCGAUGCAAUGCGACACGCUGCGCAGUGCGUCGGAAGGGCGUUGCGGGGAAAAACAGACUACGGAAUUAUGAUUUUUGCCGACAAGAGGUUCACGAGAGCAGACAAAAGAGGUAAAUUACCGAAGUGGAUUCAAGAGCAUUUCAAAGACAGCACUAUCAAUUUGAGCAUAGAAGAAGCGGUUCAUCUGAGUAAGAAGUUUCUGAGAGAGAUGGCUCAGCCGGUUUCGAGGGAAACGCAACUUGGCCUGUCGCUGUUGACUGUUGAACAGCUUCAACAGGAGGACACAAAGAAACGCCUGGAGAGAAUUAUUCACAUCAUUUGAAGUGAAAUGAAACUGAAAAGUGGUGUAUUCAUUUAUUUGAGAAUCUAUUUUGUUGUUUUGGUUAGAUUGUUUUAAAUUUAGAUAUGCAAAUUAUUAA